AUGGAACCAUCAACAUGGAACCACCAACAUGGAACCAUCAACAUGGAACCAUCAACAUGGAACCACCAACAUGGAACCAUCAACAUGGAACCACCAACAUGGAACAACCAACAUGGAACCAUCAACAUGGAACCACAAACAUGGAACCAUCAACAUGGAACCACCAACAUGGAACCAUCAACAUGGAACCACCAACAUGGAACCAUCAACAUGGAACCACCAACAUGGAACAACCAACAUGGAACCAUCAACAUGGAACCACCAACAUGGAACAACCAACAUGGAACCAUCAACAUGGAACCAUCAACAUGGAACCAUCAACAUGGAACCAUCAACAUGGAACCACCAACAUGGAACCAUCAACAUGGAACCACCAACAUGGAACCAUCAACAUGGAACCACCAACAUGGAACCAUCAACAUGGAACCACCAACAUGGAACAACCAACAUGGAACCAUCAACAUGGAACCACCAACAUGGAACCAUCAACAUGGAACCACCAACAUGGAACCAUCAACAUGGAACCACCAACAUGGAACAACCAACAUGGAACCAUCAACAUGGAACCAUCAACAUGGAACCACCAACAUGGAACCAUCAACAUGGAACCACCAACAUGGAACCACCAACAUGGAACCAUCAACAUGGAACCACCAACAUGGAACCAUCAACAUGGAACCAUCAACAUGGAACCAUCAACAUGGAACCACCAACAUGGAACCAUCAACAUGGAACCAUCAACAUGGAACCACCAACAUGGAACCACCAACAUGGAACCAUCAACAUGGAACCACCAACAUGGAACCACCAACAUGGAACCACCAACAUGGAACCACCAACAUGGAACCACCAACAUGGAACCACCAACAUGGAACCAUCAACAUGGAACCACCAACAUGGAACCACCAACAUGGAACCACCAACAUGGAACCACCAACAAGGAACCAUCAACAUGGAACCACCAACAUGGAACCAUCAACAUGGAACCAUCAACAUGGAACCACCAACAUGGAACCACCAACAUGGAACCACCAACAUGGAACCAUCAACAUGGAACCACCAACAUGGAACCAUCAACAUUGA